AUGAAUAAGAUUGGACGUGUUGUUGUUAUUUAUUUAUUACUCGUAGCAGCAACUGGAGCAGUGGACCUUAAAUCAAAGAGCGCCACCAGCAGCAAAAUAGAACAAGCAAGUAAACCAAAGGAAUUAACGACAGCUGCGUCAUCAGCGCCUCAUCAUGUAUCAGCUCAUGCCUCCGUCAGCAACGGAAUGGGUGUGGCCAGCAUUGCUGGAGUAGAUACCAGAUAUGGUAGACUGUCUUCAAUUUCUGGCGUCAAAUUCUACCCACCGAUAGACUCUUCCAUGAUCAAGACUGACAAUAAAGGAAAUUUCAUCUUCAAAUCGACUGAUGGAAAAAUGCCAAUGCCAAUUACUAUCACAAAGCAAGGCGACGGUGUAUCAGGAACUAUCAAAAUCAUGCCAGGAUCAGUUUCAGUAUCGUCUUCUGCAAAUUCUGGAUCUGCUUCAGCGUCGGUUGGGCCUAAGAUACCAAAUAUCGAUCCCUGGUCGUUUAUGAAGCCGAUGAUGAUGAAUGAUUUGUUCUUCCCUGACCCAUUUCCAGCGUUUCCUAGUAUAGGAGGUUCAGCUUAUCAUACAAGAAUUUCGGAGCCUUCGUAUAAUAGGUUUCCUGAGCCCACGUUUCCAAGGAUAUCACAGUCAUCUUACUCCAGGGUACAUCAGCCAUCUUAUUCAAGUGUACAUCAGCCGUAUUCUUCAAGGACACCGGAUCCAUGGAAGGACAUGUUCAAGCACACCCUGUCUCACCAUGAUAUCAUGACACCCAUGUGGUAUUAUCCUAACUUCAGUCCCUAUUUCAACUACUGGUAAUGAUUUUGGAAUAAAUUGAUGAAAACC